AUGCCUUAUUUCUUUCAUCAACCUUUGUUUCUCUGCUUUUCUUCCCUGCUGGUCUCUGCAGCGUCCGCAGCCGUAGAGGUGUCCUUACCUCUCGCAGCACCGUCAAACGCUUCGACACUCUCUCCUAAUCUUCUGUCAUUUUCUAUCGAACAGGAUCGAUGGACGGACUGGUCUGGCACGACUUCAAGGAAUCAGUUUCUUUACAACGCCUUGGAUAAUCUGAAAACUCUUACUGGGGCACCACCUAACAUCCGAAUUGGAGCUGACAGCGAAGAUCAUACUAAUUUCAAUCCUAACGUUGAGUUUUCAGAAACGAUAUUUCCCGCCAUCUCUACGACAGUUCCUUAUCCUGAAGCCACAGAUAUCACCGUCGGUGAUGGUUUCUAUCAAGCCGCCAGCUUUCUUCCGUCUGGAACACAUGUAACGUGGGGUGUCAAUUUCGGACAGAAGAACCUUACUGCCGCAUUUCUCGAGGCCCAUUCCAUCGCGAAAGCGUUUUCGUCCUCCGCUAUGAAAGAUGCUGGAGUUACUCUUGACUUUGUGGAGAUUGGUAAUGAGGCCGACUUGUAUGUCAACAAUGGUGCACGUCCGUCUAACUGGACACCCGUUAAUUAUACGCAAGAGUGGAUUGUGUUCGCUAGUAAUGUUUCUAAGGCUGUAGGAAUUUCGUCGACAUCCCACACAAAAUUUCUCGUUGGUGGUUUUGCUGGUUCGUCUCACUCAACCACCGGCUUUUCACCCCAGGCUAUCUAUGCCGCUGGGAUACUCGACUCUGAACCGGGCGCCUUUAUUACGAGCUUUUCGGAGCAUCGAUAUUCAGGUUCCUUCUGCGAAGGUAGUGGCGGUCUUCUACAGGACCUGAUGACGAAGGCUACCAUCCGUGGCAAUCUUUCGAUCUUCACCCCAGACAUUGCAGCGACACACAACCAAGGCCUGGAUUAUGUUCUUGGGGAAACCAACAGCUAUUCUUGUCAUGGCGCACCGGGCGUUAGCAACACUGCUGGGGCUGCGCUAUGGACAUUGGAUUAUGCUUUAUAUGCGCCGCAGUUGGGAAUAUCCCAUGUCUUUUUCCAUGAAGGCGUAGGGUACAAAUACAACUUGAUUCAGCCUGCUGAAUUGACCAGAUCCAUCCUCAACGGAUCUGCGCUCGCAGAGCCUGCAGCUCCUCAUGUUCAGCCUCAGUAUUAUGCCGCAAUCAUAAUCGGAGAGGCCAUAGGUAACUCUGGCCAGACUCAGGCAGUGGAGUUGUCAAUAGACAAUUCUCGUAUCUCCGGUUAUGCUUUUUACGAAGACGGUAUUCUGGUUCGUGCCGUCCUCAUAAAUUCUCAAGCAUACCUGAAAGCGCAAACUACCCCUCGUUCGAGUAUUCAUCUCGACCUCGGUUUUUCGGGUAAUGGGCAGCUCCCGACGACUACACUGGUCAAGAGGCUAGCUAUUGGUUAUGCCGACGACGAUUCGGGGCUAACUUGGGGAGGUCAAACAUAUGAGACAAGCGAUGCACGAGUACAAGGGAAACUGGAGAUUGAAACCAUUGAGCUCGCAUCCGGAUUGGAUAUCGCUGAAACAGAAGUAGUCCUCCUUUCCUUCGAAUUUUAA